AUGGACGGUGCAGACAAUUCAGAUAUCGCAAUGUUGAAUGAGCUAGAAGCGCUCCUCAACAAAGAACACAUCUCCCUCGAACAACUGGAAGAUUUCCGCGAUUCUUAUCGUGGCGACCCGACGUCCAUUAGGUUUCUUCAAAAAAAAGGAAGCGACGACGCCGGGAAAGCACUAUGGACCGCAGACACUCUGAGCAUCAGACUGCUCAAGUUCUUGACAGGCUACGAGCGGGCGCGUAUGGGCAGCGCCGGAGAACCUGUGCUCAGUCUCCUGAAGUCAUUUGAGGACCUCUUGCGAUUUAUCGGCAACUCUGGAAAAGAUGAUGCCCACCACCUCAUCCGAAAAACAGUUUCCGACCUUUAUUCUCUCGAUGAUAUACCUAAUCUUGAAGACGACAGGAACGAGGUUAUGAGGACAAUACACGAGACCAUGCGCGGAUGGAUACAAGGCACAGCGCCGCCAGUCUAUACAAAAAUAAACGGAACCCUGGAAUCGCUUACAACUGGCACUGUUGUCCAUUACUUUCCACUGCAAGACGUGACGUUUGAAGAACCCUUGACGUCUGUCAUAGGACUAUUCGUGGCGAUCCUGGCACAGAAAGGUGUAACCCGCUUAGUGAUGGAAAGAAGCGUGCGGUCAUCUGUUGAUAAAACGAGUCUUGCAAAGUAUACGACAGAGGAUCACGCCGACGAACGGAGAGUUCAAGUGUACGAGCGCGUAGCAACAAUCAGCUCGGACCCAGAAGAAAAAACUAGGGACAAGUCGGAAGAGGGUGCAGCACCUCUUGCACCAAACGUGAACUUGGACACCGAAGACGCCUCGGAGAGGAACUCAGACAAAGACGAGGAAUGUGGGGAAGGGAAGGACGCCACGGAAACGGAGAGGAACUCGGACGAAGACGAGGAAUCGGGCGAAGAAACGGACGACACCGAAACAACUGGUGACAAGAGAAAGAUACCAAAACAUGAUGACAACAAGGCACACCGUCCAGCAAAGAAGCGCAAAAAAAAGCGCAAGCAAAGCAUAAACCACGUCACAAAACCCUCGAAAACGGGGACCCGUUCGCGCAAUGGGACACCCCGUGGGACACCCCCUUCAUCAGAUGACGAAACAUUUUCGAGUAAAGACACAUUCAUCACGAGGUUGUUGGAGAAAUUGGAAGAGAUAACAGCUGCCGAGUUAGAAGAGUGUGUCACGCUGGUUAGUAAAGGUCUGGAACAUACUGAUCUUAUGGAAAUCGAUCUGAGUGCUCCCGAAGAAACUGCCGACAAAGCUCUGACCGUCGCAUGGCACAGAAUGGAGAAAUGCACCGGAAACAGAUGCGUAGACUACGGGAUGCGCGAGGUACUGAUUCGCAGAACGUCCGGACCUUACACGAUAAUCAAAGAUGACGGCAAAUUCACGAACGCAGUUCUUACCUGGAUGACGAGGGAAGGCAUCAUCCCCAAAAACACCAAGGUCUUUCGCCGACAAGUGAAUGCAGGGAAGCGAUUCAGGGAUUUGGUCGACGCAAUCGGAAAGGGAAUCUUGCUUUUCAACUUUGAAUCUGAUGGGUUAGAAUUCUUGUCAAAGAAAGGCGUUUUGCAAAUCACUGCACGUACCUGGAACGCAGUCCUGCGGAGAAUCCGACGCAGCAAAAGCGUAUCGCCGGCAGAAUGGACGAAAUGGAACAGUGUGACCCUCCCGACAUUUGCGGAGGAAGUUAUUGCUUCGCCUGUCGAUGAACAAGUCGCCCGAUCGCCCGUGGCGUCGACCCCGUUCACUGGGACACCUCCAACUCGGGACCGUAAGCUCAACCCGUACCCAACCCCUAGGACUCCGGCGCUUAAAGGAAAAAGGCUUUUCGCCUCGGCUUCCACACCAAAACGAUCUUUAUCGAAAAUGGGGAAACCACAACGUACAGCGUCCAUUGAUCGCAUCAGCAAGACAUCUUAUGAAGACAUGGUACAACGCCUUCGAGCCGAGUGGUACAACGACACCUGCUUCUACUAUCUUUUGAACCACGCCAAAGCGAACCACGAGGAUUUGUCAGUUGUCGAUAGCCUUGAUGGAGGCUUCCGUAUCAUUGACGACGAAACCAAAAGAAUCGUGGCUCCCUUCAACCGCGGUAAAAACCACUGGGUCGUCUAUACCGCAAGCAAAAUGUCUGCUCAGGAGUGGAGAUGGGAAUUUGCGGACUCCUUCCAUCAAGGAGCCCACAUCGACGAGGUGGAAAAGGUGGUCAAACGUGUGGUCACUCAAGACACCGUGACUGCAAUACCGUGUCCCCCAAUCGACACUGUCACAGCGUCUAAGCUCAUCCCGAAACAAACGGACGCUAACAGUUGUGGACCCUAUGCUCUUGAGUGGGCAACCCAAUUUAUUCUUGGAGACACUUCGGACUGGACCUCCGUGCCUCCUAAUGAGCUCCGUAAGAAACACAGCCGUAUCGCGGAAGAAGUGUUCGCCUCUCGGCAGUAUGACGAGGAACAGUUAGAUCAGGAUACUGGAGCUGGAGCGAGUCGUUCAAGUGCCCAAGACAAUGAUUGUGCAGCAGCCGCUCAUGUCGAGCCGGAAACAUGUAGUGUAAAGCCAAAAUUUGUAAGGGAGCAAAAAAAUGUCUGUGGUCAGCCACUGAUUGCGGAUGGCACAAGCUGCGGCAAAUGCCACCAAUUAAAUAAGCCUAAACAACGAUGCGACAGGCAGACAGUAGAGCCGAGCGAGUUUUGCACAGACUGUACGACGAUGCAGGCAAACAUAAUCGAAACGCAUCAAAGGCUUAGCGCGAAACAACUCGACGACUUUAUGAGCCGUGAUCCCCACUGGAAGGAGAUUGCGUCGAGAGAACAGGAAUAA